CGACAUCACGAGGUUAUUAUUGGUCUGUUGCAUUCCGUUUUGUAGUCAUCGUUUGAAAGGUUUCUUUCCUGUUCAGAUCAGCUAAACAGUUGAUCGUUAAUAAUCUUUCCAAAAUGACAACGCCACUAUAAAGAUUUCUGAUUGUGGAAAGGAAAAUGAGGCGCUCUUUGACGAAAACAGCAAUAUGCCUUCUGUUCAUUAUAUCUCUUAUUUCAAUAAUUGUCUCUUUAUCCAUUCACCCUGCUUUGAAUCGAGGAGGAGAAUUCAGGCAUCAGAGAAGUUUGCUUAAUGUUAAAACGGAUAUACAAGAAACGACAUGGUCAUCUAAAUUAGAAUCUUCCACUCCAAACUGUACUCCAGCCGCGAUUGAGCAAUUCCCACGUCCAUUGAUGAGUUAUAAUGUUCGCAGAAAUGGUGGCCUUAUUAUUCAUAUUUUAGUAUCUCUAUUUAUGUUUCUUGGCCUUGCUGUUGUUUGUGAUGAAUAUUUUGUACCGUCUUUAGAAGGAAUGAGCAAUGUUAUGAAUCUUGAAUCUGAUGUAGCUGGUGCCACCUUUAUGGCUGCAGGAAGUUCAGCACCUGAAUUAGCAGCUGCAGUUAUUGGAGUUUUUAUAGCAAAAGAUGACAUUGGAGUAGGAACUGUCGUAGGAUCAGCUGUAUAUAACAUAGCUUUUGUUAUUGGAAUAUGUGGAUUAUGUGCUAGAAGGAUUAUUUAUCUUAAUUGGUGGCCUCUCUUCCGUGACAGCAUGUUUUAUUUAAUUAGUAUAGUUGCAUUACUGAUUGUAAUGUAUAAUGAAGUAAUAACAUGGCCAGAAUCUGUUGUGUUAUUACUAUUAUACUGUGCAUAUAUUGCAUUUAUGUUUGUCAAUAAACAUGUAGAAGCUUGGAUUCAAAAUUUGCCAUGCCCAUGUCCUCGAUAUGUUUCUCAAGGAGAAAAUGAAAAUGAAAAUUCCCAUUUAAUUGGUUACAAAUCUCUUUCAAGCACAAAUGGAACAAUAGAGUCAUCAAAUUCACCUCCACCAAGUAUUAAGGAACAAAAAGUAAAUGAACCUUAUACGGUUAUCUACGACGAAGAUGAAAAUCCCUUUGAUCCACCAAAAUCUCGAAGCCGCCUUGCCUUGUGGAUAAUUUCUCUUCCGCUGACUGCUGUGUGUUAUGUUACUAUUCCAGACUGCCGAAAAGCUAGAUGGAAGAAAUGGUAUCUGGUAACGUUUCUAAUGUCUUGUGUAUGGAUUGCAGCAUUCUCUUAUGUUCUCGUUUGGAUGAUUACAAUAAUUGGUUUCACACUUAGUAUUCCUGAUACUGUCAUGGGAUUAACUUUUUUAGCUGCUGGAGUUAGUGUUCCUGAUGCAAUCGCUAGUCUUUUAGUAAUAAGAAAUGGUUAUGGCGACAUGGCAGUUUCCAAUGCUGUAGGCAGCAACGUUUUCGAUAUCCUGUUGUGUUUAGGAUUACCGUGGUUUUUGCAAACGGCAGUUGUAAAUCCCGGUUCUCACGUCAUCGUCAGAAGUAAAGGUUUAACAUAUUCAACACUAAGUCUGUUAUCGACUGUGUUAUUUUUAUUGGUUACUACCUACUUAAAUAAUUGGAAAUUAGAUAAAAAGCAUGGGAUAAUUAUGAUGGUCUGGUAUGUUGCCUUUAUGGUGAUGGCAAGUUUAUAUGAACUGAACGUUUUCGGUUAUUUUAAUCCCCCCAGUUGCCCCAGUGACUAUUGAUAAAGAUAAAAAAAAAUUUCUUUUUAAUAAAAUGUAAAUAUUAUAUGUAUAUAUGCCUGUGAAUUUAUAUUUUUGUUCAUCAAUCCAGAUGCGAGAGCUAUUUUGAAAUAGACAGUUUAAGUUUUAUAUCUAUCAGUUUUAUAUGAAAAUGAGAUUUUCUAGUGAUGUAGUUGGUAGAUGAAAUUAGAGUUUACAUAAUUUAUUUUCUAAAGAAAAUGAAUUUCUGGAUGAAAAUUGAGAAUGACUUUUGGAAAAAUGAUUGAUUGAAUUGAACCAUUCUCUAAUUUUUUUUUAUUUAUUAGAGAAUGAUUAUUUUCAAAAAUUAGAGAAGAAAUAUUCUUAUUCUUGAUCCAAGUUUUAAUAAAAUAUAGGUCUAUAUAAUGUGAAAGUUAUAAAAUUGUCAUUUGCUACUUUAAGGAUAAAGUGAUGUAAGAAAUCUCAAGUUUACCCGGAAGUUUUAUUAUCGUAAUGUUAGUUAUUUAAAGAACUGUAAUUCGUUCUUAUAAUGUGUAUUGAUAAUUUAUAAAAAAAACUUCUGGAUAAAAGUUUGUAUUAUGAUAUCGAUUCAAGAGUUAGACUUUUAUACUUGUAAAAUAAACAGAGUCAAUUAGCAGAAUUUUAAUGUAUCAAAUUAAGUUAUGUAUUAUUGAACAUUUAUUAUUAUUAUUUGUAAGUACUGUAUUUAUUUUUAAUUCAUUAUAAAAUAACAUUUUAUCAAUAGUUAUUAUGGUUGUAGGAUUAAAAUCUUUUAUAUGUUGUUUUUUAUUAACUUUAAGAAUAAAUAAGAAUAUAAAUAUUAA